GCCCCCUCCUCUCUGCACUGGCGCUGCCGUGGGGGCCAAAAUCCGCCACAAACUUUGUCCAAAAUGCGCCCGCGGUCACGCCAAACCUCAACGGGGACUUUGUGAGCGACGAGCGACGGAGCGACGAGCGAGCGCCGGCCGCGGGUUUCCCUCCACGCACGCCGCGGUUGUUCGUUUCGAGGUGGGAGCGGCGUGAAUGUCGUUAGCCGCCGAUUAGCAACGACUAGCUUCGCCCCCGAGAGGAGUGGAGACGAGUCCGAGUGCGAGUCGACCCGAGCGGCGUGCGGACCCGACGGAACCGCAUCUCACCGCCAACGCUCAUUUUCCCACUCCGAACGUGUGAUUUUACGCCGUUUUCGACAAUAAACUCUUGAACGCACGCUGUUUUUGGCUCGUUUUAGGCUAAAUCACAUUAGCCCACAACGCCGAUUGCGACCCGUGUUUUGAUUUUAUUGCGCUGGACCCGUCGGAUUGCGCAUCGGAACGCGACCGCAAAUCAUUCCGACUCCACGAAACGGGAUCUACAGCCAACGGAAGCGUAUCUUAUAAUUUUUUACGCUUUUAAUUUUUGAUUUUAAGCCAUUUUUUUUUAGGAGUAACUCUUGACUCAUUUAGCCUACAACACCACUUGCGACCUUUGCGACCCGCGUUUUGACACUAUUAACGCUGGACCCGUAAAAAAAAAAAAAAGUGUAAAUCUCUCUGUAAAAAGACUGGAGCAUGCAGAAAAAGACGAGAUAUCUGAUAAGUAGAUAGGAGACGAGGGUCAUACCAGAAGAUAAAUUUGGGACUGGUUUCUUUUGUGGACUAGGUGGAGACAGGAUGAAGAAGUUCUCCAGGAUGCCCCGGUCGGAGAGUGGAGGUCUGGGUGGCUCGUCCGGCUCCGGGGCGAGCUCCGGAGUCAGCAGCUACUUCGGGAAAGUGUUUGCCGUGGGUCGCUACCAAGUCACCGUGGAGGAGCUUGUAGCUGAAGGAGGUUUCUCUGUCGUUUUUCUCGCCCGGACUCACAGCGGCGUACGAUGUGCCCUCAAGAGGAUGUACGUCAACAACCUCCCCGACCUCAACGUGUACAAGAGAGAGAUCACGAUCAUGAAAGAGCUGUCGGGGCACAAGAACAUCGUGGCGUAUCUGGACUCGACCAUAAACCCCGUGUCUGAGAGCGUGUGGGAGGUGCUCAUCCUCAUGGAGUACUGCAAAGCGGGUCAGGUGGUGAAGCAGAUGAACCAGCGUCUGAGCGUGGGCUUCACAGAGGUGGAGGUGCUCCAUAUUUUCUGUGACACGUGCGAAGCUGUGGCCCGUCUCCAUCAGUGUAAAACGCCCGUCAUCCACCGAGACCUCAAGGUUGAGAACAUCCUUUUGAACGACCAGGGGAACUACGUGCUGUGCGACUUCGGCAGCGCCACUCACAAAAUCCUCCUGCCCCAGAAAGAAGGAGUGACCGCCGUGGAGGACGAGAUUAAAAAAUACACCACGCUUUCUUACCGCGCUCCUGAAAUGAUCAACCUCUACGCAGGGAAAGCCAUCACCACCAAGGCCGACAUUUGGGCGCUGGGAUGCUUGUUGUACAAGCUGUGUUUCUUCACACUUCCUUUUGGGGAGAGUCAAGUCGCCAUUUGUGAUGGGACCUUUAUCAUUCCUGAUAACUCCAAAUACUCGGCCAAACUGCACAGACUCAUCAGAUACAUGCUCGAGCCAGACCAGGAGAAGAGACCGGACAUUUACCAAGUCUCGUACUUUGCCUUCAAGUUGGCCGGGAAAGACUGUCCGGUCCCCAACCUAUUUAACUCUCCCAUCCCCACGUCUUUACCAGAGCCACUAACGGCCAGUGACGUCGCCGCCAAGAAGAGCAUGACAAAAGCAAGGAUCACAGACUCGGUGGGUCCCACAGAGACGUCCAUCGCUCCCAGACAGCGUCCCAAAGCCGCCAACAGUAACGUGCUUCCUCUCAGCAACACGGUCACUCCGGUCAAGAUGAGCGUGCCCUCCGCCGCCAACGGGAACGGACACAAAGCUCCGACCCCCGGCUCCACAGCGCCCCCUCUGGCCCCUCAGAGCAACAACAGCCAACAGCACCGAGUCCUGCAGCAGCUUCAGCCCGGAGACCUGAGGCUCCAGCAGCUCCAGCAGCACCAGACCGUACCUCACCCACAACCGCAACAACCCCACCCACCGCCACAGCAGCACCCACAGCCACAACAGCCCCACCCACACCAGCCUCAGCACCUACAGCAGCCCAACGCGCAGCAACUACAGUAUCUACAGUACCACCAGGCCCUGCAGCAGCAGAUGUUACUCCAGCAGCAGAUGAUGAUGCAGCCGGCUCUGUACCAGCAGCAGGUGGCCCAGGCCCAGUACGCCGCCAUGCUGCACCAGUAUCAGCAGGCUUUUGUGCAGCAGCAGCAGCAGCAGCAGCAGCAGCAGGUGCACCACCCACACGCAGGCCCCCACAGCGCCCCCUACCUGUCCUCGCCCUCGCCGCUCGAGUUCCAGAUGCCCCUCGGCUCGUACAACGCCACCACGCCCUCUGCUGGCCCCGCGGCGACGGCGCAGAUGGGAGGAGGACCGUCACCUGCGGAGACGUUUGCCAAUACGAGGAACCCGCUGCUGUCCUCAGACGCCCCCCCCGCCGCGAGCCACCCCCCGGACAUGUCCCGCUGGAACCCCUUCGGAGAGGACAACUUCUCCAAGCUCACGGAGGAGGAGCUGCUCGACCGAGAGUUUGACCUGCUCAGAGCAAAGAAGCCCGUGGAGCGCAGUCCCAGCGCAGAGACCCCGCUCCAGCCGCAGACCUCCUCCUCCUCUGUCCCCAAAGCCCUUCCACCUGAAGACCUGUUCGGAUCUGUCCCGUUUGUGACCAGCGCAGGAGGUGCUGUGGCGAGCUCAGAUCCAGCCCCUGACGACUCCACUUCCGCUCCCGCCGUUCCCUCCACGACCUCCGACCUCCUCCAGCCUCAAGAGGGCGCCAAGGAGCCCAAACCCGGCAGGAAGAGCAGCGCCAAGACCGGAGACGAGUCGGACAGCGACUUCGAAUCGGACCCUCCGUCGCCCAAGAGCAGCGAGGACGAGGAGGGGGAGGAGGAGGAGGCUCUGAACAGCGAGCACGGAGAAGACACGGAACCGGAAAACCUAGGACAGCUCCCCCUGCUGAUGGACUCCGAUGAAGAACACAGCUCCGAUUCGGAUUGCGAGACGGGCAAAGCGAAGACGCGCUCGAAGAAAAGCAUGAAAUCCGCGAAUGUGUCGAAUCAAGCCGGGAUGAGUUUGAUUACGCCGCCGCAAUCCCCGGAAAAGCUCACGGUGACGUCGGCCAAAAAUCCAGACAGCGUUGACGUUUUCGGAGCUGUGCCGUUUCCGGUCGGGAUAACGCACAGCACGUCGGAUAUUUUCUCACAAGCGCCUUUCCGCCAGACUAGCCAUGAAAAGCAGCAACAAGCGGACGAUUUCGACGUCUUCACCAAAGCGCCGUUCAACCGGAAUCUCUCCAAAUCCGGGACGCUUCCGAUGGGGCAAACCCCGCCCAUCUCCCCAGAAGGCGGGAUCGACAUUUUCGGAUUUUCACCGUUCCAACCCGGAUCCAACGCGCCCUCGACGCUCCCGACGACGUCACGGAGCGCGGAGGACAUCUUUUUCCGUCAGUCCUGCGACGACUCGAGCCCGCAGCAGCAGCGCUUAAAGCAACGUAGCCUUCAGAAGCUGUCGUCGAGGCAGCGGAAAACGAAGCAAGACCCGAGCGGCGGCGGCAGCAACGGGAAGAGGCACCACGGGACGCCGACGGGAGCGAGAAAAACCAACAAGCCCACGUACCGAACGCCGGAGAAGGUCAGGAGACACAAGAAAGUCGGAAGGAGGGAUUCGCAGAGCAGCAACGAGUUCCUGAGCACGUCCGAUUCCAAGGAGAACAUCAGCGUGGACGUGACGAUGGCGGAGGGGGACGAGAAGGCGCCGACCAUCCCAACGGAGGACGCAAUCUUGGAUCCGUUUGGCGCGAAGCCGUUCCAUCCCAACCUCGGCGAAGGGAAGCUGGAAAAGUCGUGGAGCGGAGAGGCCAAAACCAUCGACGAUUUCGGGGCGGUGCCGUUCACGGAGUUUGUUCCGCCGCAGCAGCAGCAGCAGCAGCAGCAGCCGCCGCCCGUGGAGCUGGACCCGUUCGGAGCGGCGCCUUUUCCCUCGAAACAAUGAGUCUAUCAAAACCACAAAAUGUCUUCCCUUCUUUACGCGUUUUUUACAUGGAUCGUGGCGUCCGUGUUGCUUUCGAAUGACUUCUUUUUGAAUACAAACCUGUGGAGACGAGCGUUCGGUGUAAAAGGACCAGAGUUCUGCCUCAUGCUGCAUUUUUGCGCUUGUCACAAACUUGGAAAGACUGAUGGGAAAUGUUUGUACGUUUGACUGUGGAUUGUACAGUUAGUUUGGACUGUUUUGUUUUGGGGCCGUAGGGGGGAUCGCUACAUUACAGAUUGUAAAAAUGAGCCUAAAACGCGGCGUGUCCAGUGUUCAUCUUCACCACAAACUUACAUAAAUUCAGGCACCAAAGUAUUUAGUUACCAAUAUAUAUAUCUGAAGUAUUAAGACAUUUGUUUACAUUUUUUUAAAUUUAAUUUCAGUCUUUAUCCACAGAAAUAUUGCUUCAUAUUACGUUGCCUUUAUGUGAAAUGAACA